GAGCCGAGCCGAGAUUCUCCAAUGGAGUGGAGGCAGAGGCGGGCCCAGUGGCAGAAGGAGAAUGGCGUGGAGACACUUUAGAAAGCGGGCCCUGGAUGCAGCCAUCAUCCUUGGGGGCGGAGGAUUUCUCUUCACCUCUUACCUGACAGCCAUUGGCGAUGACCAUUUCUAUGCUGAUUAUCUGAUGCCGGCCCUGCAGAGACUGCUAGACCCAGAGUCAGCCCACCGGCUAGCUGUUCGCUUCACGUCCCUGGGGCUCCUUCCUCGGGCUACAUUUCAGGACUCUGACAUGCUGGAAGUGAGAGUCCUGGGCCAUAAAUUCCGAAACCCAGUAGGGAUUGCUGCAGGAUUUGACAAGCACGGGGAAGCUGUGGAUGGCCUCUACCAGCUGGGCUUUGGUUUUGUUGAGGUAGGAAGUGUGACUCCCCAGCCUCAGGAAGGAAACCCCAGACCCAGAGUGUUCCGACUCCCGGAGGAUCAAGCUGUCAUUAACAGGUACGGAUUCAACAGCCACGGGCUCUCGGUGGUGGAACAGAGGCUACGGGCCAGACAGCAGAAGCAGACCAAGCUCACUGCAGAUGGGCUGCCCCUGGGAAUAAACCUGGGGAAGAAUAAGACUUCGGUGGACGCUGCUGCAGACUACGUAGAGGGUGUUCGCGUCCUGGGCCCCUUGGCUGACUACCUGGUGGUGAACGUGUCCAGUCCCAACACUGCUGGUCUGAGGAGCCUACAGGGAAAGACUGAGCUGCGCCGCCUGCUGGCCAAGGUGCUGCAGGAGAGGGACGCCCUGAAGGGAGUUCGGAAGCCAGCAGUGCUGGUGAAGAUCGCCCCUGACCUCACGGCCCAGGACAAGGAGGACAUUGCCAGCGUGGCCAGAGAGCUGGGCAUCGAUGGACUGAUCGUCACAAACACCACAGUGAGUCGCCCUACUGGCCUCCAAGGUGCCCUCCGCUCUGAGACGGGAGGACUGAGUGGGAAGCCACUCCGAGAUCUGUCGACCCAGACCAUCCGGGAGAUGUACACCCUCACUCAAGGCAGGAUUCCCAUCAUCGGGGUUGGUGGUGUGAGCAGUGGGCAGGACGCGCUGGAGAAGAUCCAGGCGGGAGCCUCCCUGGUGCAGCUGUACACGGCCCUCACCUUCCUGGGGCCACCUGUCGUGGUCAGGGUCAAGCGUGAGCUGGAGGCGCUUCUAAAAGAGCAGGGUUUUAACACAGUGACAGACGCCAUUGGAGCAGAUCAUCGGAGGUGACGGAUCCUGCCAGACGCCCCUCCAGAACAUGCCCACCAACUCAAGCAAGCCUUGUGGCUGCGUCAUGAGAGGAAGAUCUAUCUCAAGCCAUGUCCCUUGAACUGUGGCCUAGCUGGACUGCACACACCAGUCACGGGUGUCACUAGACAGUGAAGGCUUUCUCUGAUCACUCGAUGAGACUGUAAACUAACUGUCACUUUCUGGAUCUAAGUCCUGGGAUCCCUCAGUAUCAUAAGGACAUUGGCCCUUUGGGAGGAAAAAUCAUGGAGAAAAUAAAGCCACUUAAACCUGUUUUAAAA